AAGUUGAAAAUACGAUGUAGCAGUUGAAUGCAUCGGUGAUUGGUGGUUGAUGAGUAUUUUUCGCUCAUGUUCAGACCAAUAUCGUACAGUACUUAAUACCACACCUUCAACAUCCACGAAGGCAACAGGAGAAGAGGAGGAGGAGUCGUAAACAAACUCACCUCAGAUCACCGAAAACAAACCYAUAUUCAUUGCGCCUUUCUGGUUUGUUCCACACAACAUGUCUAACAGCAACCAACGCCCACCCAAAAAAUGGCUGAUGGAUCGGAUUACAGGCCAGUCCAAGUACAAUGAUCGCGAACGUCCACCUGCUCCCUGUUGCUGGGUUCCUCCAUGCGUGGCRUGGUUUCCCGAGCUCUUGGAAACGAACGGUUGCUGCAAAAUUUUUGGAGGAAUGGGCGUUAGCACCGAAGAAUCCUUUCGAAUGCUGUGUCUCCAUAUGGGCUUUGUGGCGAAUAUUGGGGCUAUGAUUUUGACUGCGUAUACUUGCCUUUCGAUUAGUCUACAAUAUUUCUUGCUGUCAAUGGCAUCCAUGGAAAUCCUUGAAUACACCGAAAUGGUCCAAUACCCUAAUGUAGGCCAAGAAUCUCCUGAGACAGUGACCAUCUACACGGGAUUACAGGGCGUCGCAAUGAAUAAUCCAAGCUUGGCAACAUCGCCCACUGGUCAACAAAUUGUGAUUGGAUAYGACGAUUUUUGUGCAUUUUCAAACGAUGGAUUGGAACGAUACCUAGACCCUACAAAGGAUUGUAGUUCUUGUGCUAGUACCUUUUUUUCGAUGAAUGCCGUUCUGUCCAUUCUGAUUUCGGUGGCAACCUUUUUCCCGACCUUCUUUUCUCAACAACUAAGAAUGUAYUCGGGAUACGAUAUCAAUUGCGUGAAAAAUUUCUUGACGAUACUAGGAUUGGUCACUAUUUUCCUGAAUCUCAAUGUCAUGCUUACCUACUUUUAUCUGUGCAGCAAAGAAUCGUUUUACCGGGAUGGUACCAUAUUUUUCAACGAGGAAGGUAUCGCGUCUUCCGUUGCCCCUGCAGACGGGUUCUACUGGAGAGUUGAAUAUCAAUGGAAAUGGGGAUGGGGAUUGRUCUUUUUGGUGGCCGGAACAGCGCUUAAAUUAAUUGACCUUUUGUGUAAUCUUGCCGUCCCGACACCGAGCGUAACGCGAGAUCGAAAGGAACAAGACAUAUACGAGACGAUUGUUUUUGCGUCUCCUGCCGACGAUACCGAUGAUGACGAAAUCAAUCAAAAUGAUGCCGAUCCAAUCUAGAUUAGGCGGUCCCGAAUUUCCAAAAUGCUGGCCCAACACWUGAAGACAAAGAAUACRRAACAUUUGCACAGAACGUCUUCGAGCAAGCUAGUUUUUAAAACGUGAGGUUGAGUACAAUUCAAGUAUUCAGAAAUAAUGGAAGWCAUGUAACUUUCAAGAAAAAUCGAUGAUCACAAGGAUGGAUAAAAUGAUGUCGAAAAAUUAUCUCAUUCAUCGAAUUACAAGUGAGAUAAAGYAUUAUAUGUAGA